CUCAAAGUGGUCGAUAUCGACCCCCAGGGGUCGAUGGGACCAUCCAAGGGGUCGAUGAAUAUCCAGGGGGUCGAAAGGGGGUCGAUGAAUAAUCGAAGAGUCAGUAAAUGGUACUGCUGGAGUCGAAGGGACCUUUGAAGCCCCCGACUAGAAAUCCCAGAUUAUAAUUUGUAAACAUCUGAAGAAUAUCGGGCACCAUUAAAUAAAAAAAAAAAAACAUAAUUUAUUGAUUUCAAACAAUAGGAAAUUUUAGCAGUGCUGGCAACACUACAUUCAACCAAUCUUCCUUGUCUCGCACCUCUACUGCCCGUACCAGGGUCCGUACAGGAAGCAUUCCUGUCUCUGUCCUGUACUGAGUGAGCGAGCGUAUUCCCCGCCCCACCCCGCCCCACCCACACAUCUCGCUGUCUCGCUGCUCUCGCAUUCAGUGUACUCUUAGCUCCCGUAACUGGUCCGUGAAUUGAUUAUUGUGACGCAUUGAAAAUUGUGUGUAAUAGACAUAAUGGCUGCUGUAGCUGCUAAGAAGAAAUGCUGCCAGUAUUCUCAGGAAUAUUUGAAAUAUGGAUUCAUUACUUCAUUAAGCAAUGACACCAUGCCAUUAUGUCUCUUGUGUGAAAAGACUUUCAGUAAUGAUGCCAUGAAACCUGCAAAGAUGAAGGACCACCUUGAAAGAGUUCACUCUGAUAAGAAACACAAAGACCUUGACUAUUUCAAGACACUGAAAGAAAAACUCAAGGGUCGAUCAAGUAUCAAGACCUUUUUCAAAGCCCCCGCCAGUGCUGAUACUGAAGGAGGUUUAAAAGCCUCAUACAAAGCAAAGAAAGGAAAGGCACACACUAUUGGUGAAGAACUCAUAAUCCCAGCCAUUAAAGAAGUUAUAGAAACUGUUAUGAAGAAGGAUUCUAGCUCUGUUUUGAAAAAUUUGCCAUUAAGUAACAGUACAGUGCAAAGAAGAAUUGAUGAAAUGGCAGAUAAUGUUGAAAAAACCUUGGUGUCUGAACUUCAGGAUAGUAAGUUGUCUCUACAACUUGAUGAAUCAACUUUUGGCAGCUCUAAUCUUCUCAUGGCAUAUGUGAGGUAUUACAGUCAAAGUCAAAAGGACAUAAUUGAUGAAUUUUUGUUUGCUAAAUAUCUCACAGCUGAUGCCAAAGGUGAAACAAUUUUACGAUGUGUGCAGCAGUAUUUUGAAAAGCACAACAUACCUCUCAGUAAUAUUACUGCAGUGGCUACUGAUGGUGCACCAGCAAUGAUUGGCCGGUACAGAGGAUUUGCAAGCCUACUCAAAGAAAAAGUGCCUAAUAUACGUACUGUACACUGUGUACUGCACAGGCAACAUCUUGUAGCCAAGAAACUCAGUGGUGAACUGCAUGAUGCCUUGAAAGUACAAAGUGAAAAAAUUUCUGAUGGUGACCUAGAAACAUACAUAACUCAUCUGGAGAAUUUAAUUGAAGACUUUAAAGUGCGCUUUGAAGACCUGGAGAAAAUGAAUGUGCCUGAAUGGAUCCUAACACCGUUUGAUGUUGAGAUAGGGAAUGCAGACAUUCCAUUACACUUGAAGGAAGAAUUCAUUGACAUGACUGUGGACCUGGAAGCAAGUGCCUUGUUCAGAAGAAAAGGCCUCCGUGAAUUCUGGAUCAACGAGAACAACGUUGCUAAAUAUCCUCAGCUUUGUGCAGUGGUUGAGCCAUUACUUGCUUUCCCAAGUUCAUACAUGGUUGAAGCUGGUUUCAGUCAUGCAAAUGCAGUCUUAACAAAGCAGAGGAACAGACUAAGCUUGGAAGAACGAGGCGACCUACGGCUGAAGCUCACCAACCUGCAACCUAAAAUCAGCAUCCUUGUUGAGGCCCAUCAGGCACAUCCUUCACAUUAAUGAUGUCAACAUUGAAGGAGGAAAAGGUAUGUUGCACUGAGAAUUAAGUUGCAUAUACUCGUACACUUCGACAUAUUUUCAUACUGUGUUUAACGAUUUUAUAAUACGUACUGCAUGUCUACUACUACUACUACUAC